AGGUGGUCCAAAUGUCAUCUCAAUCGCACUGGAGAGCUUGAAGGAGGAGCCCCCUGUCCCAGUGGUGGUCUGUGAUGGCAGUGGUCGAGCUUCAGACAUCCUUUCGUUUGCUCACAGAUACUGCGAGGAAGAUGGGUUGGUUAGUGAGAGUGUCAAAGACCAGCUGCUGGUCACCAUCCAGAAGACUUUCAACUACAGCCGCAGCCAGGCACAGCAGAUCUUCCUCAUGGUGAUGGAGUGCAUGAAGAAGAGAGCUCUGAUUACAGUGUUCAGGAUGGGCUCAGAGGGACAGCAGGACAUUGAGAUGUCCAUCCUCACAGCUCUGCUCAAAGGUACAAAUGCUUCUGCGUCUGAUCAGCUGAGCUUGGCUCUGGCCUGGAACAGAGUGGACAUUGCUCGCAGUCAGAUCUUUGUGUAUGGACUCCACUGGCCUCCUGUGCGAACUUCACCUUCUGACCGUCCAAAGAGCCCGGUAGCCCAGCGACCAUCAGCAGGAGGGGCUAAAGGGAAACCCCGGGGGAAGAAGGGAAAAGGAGGAAAAAGCAAACCCGAACCUCCUGAAGAGACGGACCCUCGGAAACUGGAGCUGCUCAACUGGGUGAACUCAUUGGAACAGGCCAUGAUGGACGCCCUGGUGUUGGACAGGGUCGACUUUGUUAAACUUCUGAUUGAGAACGGCGUCAACAUCCACCACUUCCUCACCAUCCCCCGUCUGGAGGAGCUGUACAACACGAAACUGGGACCAGCCAACACACUUCACUUUUUGGUCCGAGAUGUCAAAAAGGGGAAUCUUCCUCCAGAUUACCAGAUCACACUGAUUGAUAUUGGACUGGUACUGGAGUUCCUGAUGGGUGGAGCGUACCGCUGCAAUUACACAAGGAAGAGUUUCAGGACGCUGUAUAACAACCUGUAUGGCCUCAAAAGACCCAAAGCGCUGAAGCUCCUUGGUAUGGAGGAUGAUGAACCCCGCCCAAAGGGGAAGGGAAAGAAGAACAAGAAGAAGGAGGAGGAAGUCGACAUUGAUGUAGAUGACCCUGAAGUCAGCAGGUUCCAAUACCCCUUCCAUGAACUGAUGGUGUGGGCGGUGUUGAUGAAGCGCCAAAAGAUGGCAUUGUUCCUGUGGCAGCGAGGGGAGGAGGCCAUGGCAAAGGCUCUAGUAGCCUGCAAGCUCUACAAGGCCAUGGCUCACGAGUCUUCCCAAAGCGAGCUGGUAGAUGACAUCUAUCAGGACCUGGAGAACAACUCCAAGGACUUUGGUCAGCUGGCCUAUGAGCUGUUGGAUCAAUCCUACAAACACGAUGAGCAGGUGGCCAUGAAGCUCCUGACCUACGAGCUAAAAAACUGGAGCAACUCCACCUGUCUGAAACUGGCUGUAGCUGCCAAACACAGAGACUUCAUUGCCCACACCUGCAGCCAGAUGCUGUUGACCGACAUGUGGAUGGGCUGUCUGAGGAUGGGCAAAAGCAACAGCCUCAAGGUCAUUUUAGGGAUUAUUUUCCCUCCUGCCAUCCUGCUCCUGGACUUUCGUCUUGGGGAUGAAGCUCCUCAUCAUUCGUCCAAAGGAAGCAAUGAUGGAAAAACUAAAGAUGACAAGAAGUCAAACAAGGAUGCAGCAUCUAAUGUUGACGCUAUUUCAAAGAAAGGAGAUGAAGAAGAAAAUGAGAGUGACAAGAAGCACGGGAAGAGGGUUCCUAUCGGGAGGAAAAUCUAUGAGUUCUACAACGCCCCAUUCACCAAGUUCUGGUUCAAUACGAUCUCAUACCUGGUGUAUCUGAUGUUGUAUAACUACAUAAUCCUGGUGAAGAUGGAGCGGUGGCCAUCUUUGCAAGAGUGGAUCGUCGUCUCUUACAUCGUCACUCUGGGCCUGGAGAAAUUCAGACAGAUCCUGAUGUCCGAGCCUGGGAAGCUGAAGCAGAAGAUCAACGUGUGGUUGGAGGACUACUGGAACAUCACAGACCUGGUGGCUAUCUCGGUCUUCAUCUUUGGGUUCCUGCUGCGGCUGGAGCCUGAGCCGUACAUGGGAUACGGCCGUGUCAUCUACUGCGUCGACAUCAUCUUCUGGUACAUCCGAGUUCUUGACAUCUUCGGAGUAAACAAAUACCUGGGGCCCUACGUCAUGAUGAUCGGCAAAAUGAUGAUCGACAUGUUGUACUUCGUGGUUAUCAUGCUGGUGGUGCUGAUGAGUUUUGGUGUAGCUCGGCAGGCCAUCCUCCAUCCAGAUGAGGAGCCGACGUGGCGUUUGGCCCGCAACAUCUUCUACAUGCCCUACUGGAUGAUCUACGGAGAGGUGUUUGCCGACUCCAUAGACCUUUACGCGAUGGAAAUCAAUCCUCCAUGUGGAGAAAACUUAUAUGAUGAAGAUGGGAAGAAGCUUCCUCCCUGCAUCCCUGGAGCCUGGCUCACCCCCGCCAUCAUGGCUUGUUACCUGUUGGUAGCCAACAUCCUUCUGGUCAACCUGCUCAUUGCCGUCUUCAACAACACCUUUUUUGAGGUGAAGUCCAUCUCUAACCAGGUGUGGAAGUUCCAGCGAUAUCAGCUGAUCAUGACCUUCCAUGACCGCCCCAUCUUGCCCCCGCCGCUAAUCGUCUUCCCCCACAUCUACAUCGUACUGAAGAGGCUGUGCUGCCACUGCAGACGGAGAGCAGAGGGUGGAGAGUAUGACGACCGUGAAAGACGACUGCAGCUGGUGCUGAAUGCAGAUGAGCUGAAGAGUCUGCAUGAGUUUGAGGAACAGUGUGUGGAGGAAUACUUCAGAGAGAAGGACGAUGAGAAGCAGUCAUCUAACAACGAGCGAAUCAGAGUCACGUCUGAAAGGGUGGAGAACAUGUUCAUGCGUCUGGAGGAGGUGAAUGAAAGGGAACACUCGAUGAAGGCAUCCCUGCAGACGGUUGACCUCCGCCUGGCUCAGCUGGAGGAGUUCUCCAACCGAAUGAUGAACGCUCUGGAGAAGCUGGCGGGCGUCGACCGAGCCGAGCUCGUCCGCACGCACUCCAGAGGAUCGUCCGUGUGUGAGCCGGGCACUCUGCUGCGUCAAGGCAGCAUCAACAGCACUGACGGGUACAGUCUGUACAGAUACCAGCUGGAGCACGACGACAGGACGUCGGUGUUCGGAGACAUGGAGGGAAACGACAAGAGGGUCCAGCAGAGUCCAGAGCGGCAAGCUGGGAACAGCGAGGGAAGAGCCAAAACAGGUGAAUUGAAAGAGUUCGGAUCAGCUCUGGAGGCUCAAGGACUUAAGGACACUCAGUCUCUUUCAAACGUGGACAUCCUGAUCUCUCCCUGUGACCCGGACAUCAAAUCCCCCAAGACCUGCUCCAUUUCACCUCAACGUGACUCGGCUGACACUAACAAAGAUAAACCCAUAGAGAAGGGCCGACUGGAGGCGGCUGUGUCCUUCCCUCUGGAGAGGUCAAAGGUCACACAGUAUUUAUCCUCUUCAACCCUCAGCAGCUCUCCAUCCUCCAACAAGAAGUAUGUAAGCAACAUCAUCUAUAGCCCCAGCCAGCAGGACCAGAAUUGGGCCACUGAGAUGACCAGCAAGGAAUCCAAAGAGGAACUAGAUGAGACCAAGCUGCAAGGCCAUGAACAGGAGGGUCAGAAUAAUAAUGCAGAGGAGGAGGAGGAGCUGCUGGUAGGGGAGGACCAGAUGUAUCCAACGCUGCGCUCCAAGAGUCUCAAUGCCAACCCAAGAAAGACGAGGAAGAAGAAGAAGGAGGAGGACGAGGAAACACCACGUACAGCCAGCAGCGUCAAAGAUCUGGUUUCGGCGUUCAGUGGGGGGCCAUGAGAACACGGUGAAGGGCCAGGUCCAAAAACUCUUCAG